ACUGUGCAUCCUACAUCCUCCUCUGCACACCUGCCACAACGCCAGUCCUUGCAGCAGCAGGUCAGUGGACAGAGCCAGUGCUGAUCCCAUUCAUGUGCUCCAGCCAUCCUCACUACAGUCCAUCUAGGAGAUGUCCUGCUAAGCCUUGCUAAAGGCACCCAUACGCUGGAGAGAUGAAUGAAAGCCUUAAUGACAACGACACCGAAAUCUCUCUUCCCUGGAUCCGCAACAGCGAUGCCAACGCUUCACUGGAGUUGUCCGCUUUCUUCUCCAUCUUCACCAUCAACCCCUGGGAUAUUAUGCUGUGCAUCUCUGGGACCAUCAUCGCCUGUGAGAAUGCUAUCGUGGUGGCCAUCAUCUUUUACACCCCGACGCUGAGAACCCCGAUGUUCGUGCUGAUCGGAAGCCUAGCAACUGCAGACCUUCUGGCCGGCUUUGGUUUGAUCCUUAAUUUCGUGUUUCAGUAUGUCAUCCAGUCUGAGACUAUUAGCCUUAUCACCGUGGGGUUCCUGGUGACCUCCUUCACUGCCUCUGUCAGCAGCUUGUUGGCCAUCACCGUUGACCGGUACCUGUCCCUCUACAAUGCAUUGACUUACUCAUCAGAGAAGACCAUCCUCUGGAUACAUCUCAUGCUUGUGGUCACCUGGGGGGUCUCAGCCUGUUUAGGACUUCUUCCGGUGCUGGGCUGGAACUGCCUAGAUGACAUCUCUUCUUGCAGCGUUGUCAGACCUCUGACCAAAAGUAAUGUGGCUCUGUUGUCCACCUCCUUCUUUUUCAUAUUUAUUUUGAUGCUGCACCUCUACAUAAAAAUCUGCAAAAUUGUGUGCAGGCAUGCUCACCAAAUAGCACUGCAGCAACAUUUCUUGGCAGCAUCACACUAUGUAGCUACCAAAAAGGGGGUCUCUACCUUGGCCAUUAUUCUUGGGACAUUUGGGGCCAGUUGGUUGCCUUUUGCUAUUUACUGUGUGGUGGGAGACCAAGACUAUCCCUCUGUGUAUACAUAUGCCACACUCUUACCUGCCACUUACAACUCUAUGAUCAAUCCAAUCAUCUACGCCUACAGAAACCACGAAAUACAAAGAUCCAUGUGGGUCCUCUUCUGUGGCUGCUUUCAAUCCAAAGUGUCCUUUCGAUCUAGAUCGCCCAGUGAUGUUUAAUAGUGACAUUUUUUUUUACAGAGAGCACUGCACAAGUGACAAUCUAGUUAUUGAAUAAUGCCUGCCAUGAACUUCUAGGUUUGUGUUGAGUACUUUUUGAGAAGAGACUUUGAAAGUAACAUUAGCACUUUAUAUGUGGGGAUGGCCCAUUCGUUUGAGUCUACAGAAGUUGUGUUCGCUCGGAACAAUAUGGAUGUCUCCAGCACAACUUGUGCGAAGGGAAUACGUCCUACGAUCGCUUCGAUAUCGCACUUUAUUUCAGCUGCUGUACUGCCAAAACAGUGUUUUUAGGGCUGAAUGAGAUGGAGAAUGAACUGUAUGAAUGUGUGUAUGUGUGUCUAAUACUUGUUUAUGUGAUGAAAUAUUUUGCCACAAAUGCUGAAAACUUUUGUACCCAACGAAAUAAAAGUCGUUGAAAUAUAGCU